UUAUAUUCAAAAUUCAAAAUUCACAGCUCACAGUUCGAGUUGAAGACGUAAAUUUUCGGUUUUUUGGUUUAGACAAAAUGCCCUUCGCCGACGAUGACUGGCGUCUAAAUGCCACAAUCAAUCACAUAUCCAGCGAACUAGAGCGCACACAUUUGGCCCGCUCUCCCCAGCUGCUGCGGGAAUUGGACAACAUCAAGGAGACCUGCCACGAAUUGGGCCAGCCGGAAAGUUUUCGCUUAAAGCAGUACUACAAUGAGGACGUCUGAGGUUCAUCGGGGCGCAAAAAGGGAGUGAAGGAGACGAAAUAAAAGAAAUGCAUAAACCUAUCCAAAUCACAGGAAAGUCAUCAACGACACCUGUCGAGCUGCUCACCUGGCAAUUAAUAAAACGCAACGAGAAACUUGGCUAAAACAAACAAACCGAAAGGCGACAACAACUAACACGCCAGCCGAGAGGCAGCAGAGGCAGGCAACAGAAACAGUUUACAAAUUGCGACAAAAGUUACGGAAAUUUAAUUAAAAUCAAAUA